AUGGACGAUGAAAGUGGCUACUUUCAACUUUUUGUGGAGGACGGUAACUUCUACAAUCGUAUUCUGCUCGGAACCCUAUUGCCGGAGCAGCUGUGGGUCCCACUACCCCACUUCUUCCAAACAUGGCUGCGCAACUACAUCGGAGGACUCCUUAUGUACUUCAUCCCCGGCUUCUUUUGGAGCUUCUAUAUUUAUCGUUGGAAGAAUAACGUUUAUGUCCCUAGAGAAGCCAUUCCAUCUAGUGAAGCCAUGAUAAUGCAAAUACAAGUUUCAAUGAAAGCAUUGCCAUGGUAUACUUUGCUUCCAACUAUUGAAGAAUACAUAACAGAAGGUGGCUGGACAAGGUGUUUCCCAAGAGUGCAUUAUGUUGGUUGGCUUCAUUAUGUUGUUUAUGUUGCACUCUAUCUUAUUCUUGUAGAGUUUGGAAUUUAUUGGAUGCAUAAAUUGCUUCAUGACAUUAAACCACUUUACAAACAUCUUCAUGCUCCUCAUCACAUCUACAACAACAAACACAACAUUCUCUCCCCAUUUGCCGGGAUGGCGUUGCACCCACUUGAUGGGAUAUUGCAGGCAUUACCACAUAGCAUUGCUCUGUUCAUUGUGCCUAUGCAUUUUUCAACACAUUUAGUGAUCUUGUUCAUGGAAGGCAUUUGGACAGCAAGCAUUCAUGAUUGCAUUAAUGCAAAAUUUUGGCCUAUAAUGGGUUCUGGUUAUCACACUGUUCAUCACGUGACAUAUCGCCAUAACUAUGGCCACCUCACUAUAUGGAUGCAUUGGAUGUUUGGGACUCUUGUUGAACCUCAUGAUCAUAAGGAAGAUUAA